CUCGUGUGUGUACUUGGUUAGCCGUGUACAGCUGUAAACUGUGAUUGUGUAGUUGCAUUAUAGGUUUGCUUAAUCUUGUGGAUGUGGUUAGUCAAGUUUGACAAUUAUCGUCGACUACCUUCCUUGUUGUGGACGUUUUUUCUCGAAAAAAGUGGCGAGGGUCGCGAACGUUGUAUGCCGACAUUUCCAUUUCUGUUGACCGUCAUGUGGCAAGAUCCAAAAUCGCGGAGUGCCUUGACGGGAGAUCUUCACUGACAUGAAGGUUGUGAAGAAUCCUCUGGUCUACGGGCCACUUCUUCUUGGCAAAUUUUCUGGAGGCACUUUCUUCAAAAAUUGCCUAAAGUGCGCGAGUAGUGACAAACCGAAGAAUUGUUAUAUACGCGAGACGGCAUAAACGAAAAAUCUGUGAAAAUCUGCUUGAUUUUUCGAUCCAUGUUUAAGCAUCGCUCCACUGCAUCAGAGCCAACCACGAGAUUUCAGGAGGAAGGUUGAAAUUUUCAGGUAUUCAGGACUCUGGAGUCAAGUUUACGUGCAACCCGGAAGAGAAAACAAGUUUUCGCGAUGGCUUCAACAUCGUCAGGAAUAUCAUCAUCGGCGCAGGUUCUGCUAAAUAAAGGAAAAAAGGGAGCUGCAGCUUACGUUCAUGCAGAAUGCAACAACCGGGCGAUCAUAGAAUCCGGCUGUCCACCACGUAACCUCACCGGCAUCCUGGAUAUUUUGCUACAUCCUAGUAAAGCUAUCGACGACUGGGAGACUAUCGACUGGUGCAAGUGGCUUAUGGCAGGUGGUAGAACACCGGAUGAGUUUGUCAACACAGUAAGGAUAUACGACAACGCUACUAAUUGCGGAUUAGUUUGGACACCAAACUUUGUUGCCUACCGAUGUCGCACCUGCGGUAUUUCUCCCUGCAUGUCCCUUUGCAAAGAAUGUUUUAAGAAGGGUAAUCACACGCAGCAUGACUUCAACAUGUUUAUCAGUCAAGCAGGAGGUGCUUGUGAUUGUGGUGACACAUCUGUGAUGAAAGAGACUGGAUUUUGUGACAAACAUGGACCAAAAGCUGCAGUCAAUAAAAUCGUAGCACCUUCUGACUUGAUGUGCGUCGCUGAAGCCAUGAUGCCAAGGAUUAUUCUCCGUCUUAUUCAACAUCUUCGCGAAAAUUGCAAAGUUGGUGUGUCAGACUAUCGAGUCGCUAUUCAAGAUGCAGACGCUUAUUUAACUAUGCUACUCGAUUUUAAUAAUAUGGGAGCAGUAAUGCGACAUGUGAUGACCGCUGCCCUUACGAAUCCACAAAAAUAUCGAUGUUUCAUGGAUCCCACAAUUUCGACUGGCCAAUCAGAGUAUGAUAGUUACUGUCAGGAUAGCAAUAAAAUUUAUCAAGACGCUAUUAAAUCCCUACCGAAUCCCGAGCCUCCAGAUGAGUAUAAAGAAUGUGCUUCGCUGCGAGAACACCUGGAACACAAUACGUUUCUGGAAGAAUUGGUGUUCUGGACAGUCGCUUACGAGUUUCCUCAGAAACUUGUCUGCUUUUUGUUAAAUAUGUUGCCAGAUCCAGACUAUAAAGAAGAUUUAACGCGAGCUUUUGUUCUUCAUUAUAGUAGGAUUUCAAUGAUGCUGGAACGGUCGACUGACCCAGAAACUCUGAGUAAUCGAGUCGUCCACGUCAGUGUACAGUUGUUCAGUAACGAAGGAUUAGCGCUUCGAAUGGUUGAUCAGAUGAAACUAUUGCAUGUGAUGGUGAUCAGCCUAAAGUACAUGAUGAGCAAAAUACUCAUUCAAAACACACUUCAUGACCCAGAUAAGAAUUUCCACUACGUCGUAGACUGUGGUCGUCAAGUAAUGAAGGAGCAUUGCUAUUGGCCCCUGGUAUCAGAUCUAAAUAAUGUGCUGUCACACAAGCCUGUCGCGGAACGCUUUAUGAGUGACAAUACUCUUUUGGAAAUGUGGUUCGAUUUUCUCUCCAUGUUCCAAGGUAUGAAUGUGAAUCAAAGAGAAUUGGGCCAACAUGUGGAAUUUGAGCCCAACACUUACUAUGCUGCCUUCAGCGCUGAGUUGGAAGCAAGUGCUUAUCCGAUGUGGGCUUUGGUAUCUCACUUACAAGGACCUGAGAGCAAAGAACUCUGUGAAAGAAUUCUUACAUAUUGUCUCUCUGCUUUACAAGACUGGUUGGAUGCGGUGAAUUAUACCGAUACAAAAGUGAGUGACAGACUGCAAGUUUCGUUUCAUCUCCCACUUCACAGAUAUUUCGCAGUCUUCUUAUGUCGAGCUGUGAGACAACAAGGUGCAGUACUUCAUGAGCUUUUACCCUCAACCGAAAUGCUACAUCUUCUUAUGAUGCAUCCGCUACGUGUACAGGUGGCCUUUUACGAAAUUCUGAAUGGCUUAUGGGUGCGCAAUGGAUUGCAAAUUAAGGGCCAAGCAAUGACCUAUGUUCAGUCGAAUUUCUGCAAUUCCAUGGUAGAUGCAGAUAUUUAUCUCCUGCAAAUUUGUGCAAUGAAACUGCAACCGGAUGUUUUUCUCAAGACAAUUAUUGAGAAGUUCCAUGUGAGAGAAUGGAUGAGUCUUAGUCUUUAUCACGCACCUCAAAACGAAUAUCUCGAAGGAGAACAUGAUACUCCGAUGCUGGAGAGUUGCUUGACUUUUUUGGCUACCUUACUUAAUAUUCGCACGAAUUUAGGUCUUUCCGACGCUGAAAUGGCGGGUCUAGAGAUGGUGACUUUGUUAUGUAUGGGAGACAAAACACACAGUCAAUUAAUGGAAUUAAUGCCAGAACGAUGUGGCACGACUCAAAACAGAGAUUUUGAAACGAUUCUGAGAGAUGUGGCAGAUUUCAGAGCUCAGAAUACCGAGGCGAGUGGAAACAUGCAACAAAGAAUGUAUGGCCCCAAGCAUCGAGUUUGGGAAGAAUCAUUCGAUCCUUUGCAUGUUUCCCUGAGAACAGUACAUCGAAAAGACUACCAAGUAGCCAUGGAUCGCUUCAUUAAAUAUGUAAAACAGUCUGGCAAUAUAAAGAACGGCGCGACACCCUGGCCACCAUUCCGCCACCCAGUUCCAGUUUCAUCGGAUUACGAGGAUCCAAGACUCGUUCUGCGAUCGAAAGUCUUCCACUCGAUGAUAUAUAUUAUUCUGUACAAGUCUGUCAAUGGACACAAUGUUUCGGAGAACGUAAUGGCACUUGCUAUUUAUCUUAUGGAGUUGGCAGUGAUGAGUGCGGAAGUUCCAGAUGAAGCUAGUAAUCCACUGUGUCAGUACAACAGUGGAGAUUCUCCUCGUGUGAUUAAGGACAUGGACUUAUCCAGUUGGUUUGCAAGUGACGAUUUGUCCGAAAAUCUUCGAACGGUUGUACCUCGCGUACUUCUGAUGCAGGAACCCGACCAUAAAAGCAUGAGUAGCGAGUACUGUGACUUUGAUUGGGAAGUUCAAGGAGAAAUGACUGAAGUAGCUUCUACUCUAAUGUUAGACGAUAGUGCUGAGGAAAGCACUUUAGCCCUCGCUUUAAGGACUGUAGACGGAAAUAGUGACACCAUGGGUGAAUCUGCUUCACUUCCAGCUUUGCCUUCCACAAAUGAUGAAUAUGGCAUGGCUAUUGUACCUGAAGAUGGAAUUGUUGCCAUUCCUCAUGGCAACAGUGAAGAUGACUUAAUACCAUCUCUGCAAAGAGCUUUGCCACCAUCCAUCGAAGAAUCCAUGGCCCUUGCCCUUGAAUUACCUCCUUCACCACACCAUCAUUUAGGUAGUCAACCCGCUUUGCCACCAACACCUCAACGUCCAGCUGUUAUGGCCGGAAAUGAAGUGGUGGCGGUUCAAACCCUCGAGUUAGAAAGACCUUAUCCACGACUCACCACAUCUGAAAUAGUAACGACUGAAAUUGUACCGUCGACAUCUAAUACUCAGAGACACUUGAGACACAGGGAUCCUCAAGUUGGUUCUUCACAUCCCCAAACAAUGCUGAGAUUAGGAGAGAGUAUAAUUUCCCUUUUAUUAAAGCUCCACUCUCAAUUGUCCGGAGUGCCAGAUAGUUAUUAUCCAGAUUCACAAAUGUCAAGUGAAUCUGAACCUGAAACGAUGAGCAGCAGCUCGUUGGAGUCACCGAAAGAAUCCCGAAUCGGUGAUGGUCCAUAUUUCAUUUCUCAAUUACUAAGAAAAAUCUCGAAUUUAGAUCCCAUGUGUAGAGAAAGCAUCAAUGAAACUAGAAACAAAUUGUGGCCGCGUAUGCAAGAAUACGAGGAUGAGCAGCGAGAAAGGGAACACAGAGAAAGGGAGGAAAAGAAGAGAAGAGCGAAAGAAAGGCAGCAACAGGUUAUGGCUGAUUUUGCUAAUAAACAGAAACAAUUCAUGGAGAAGGCAAUGGAAAUAGACGAGGCUGAAACCUUUGGGACAGAGUGGGAUUGCGAUGAAAAUCCAACAAAGUUAAUUAGCAAGAAAGAAUAUGACUGCGUGAUUUGUAACCAAACGACUCAUAGUAGCGAGGAAACGCCGAUGGGGCUCGUUGUCUUGGUGCAGGCGACUAGUGUCAUGGGACACGAAAAGCGACACCCUGAGAGAUUAAUACUGCGCACUUCGGAUGAAGAUUCUACACAGUCGAGUCAAUCUACACAGACCCUUCCAAAAGCUGAAACUCGUGGUGCUUGUUUCGACAUCAGAAUGACCGAAAUGAAUAGACAUUUUGAUCAGAGUUCCUGUCUACUUUCUGUAAAUCAAGGCUGGGAAGAUGGUGUCCAUGUUCAGACAUGUGGACACCACUUGCACCUGGACUGUCUUAAAUCCUAUUUGCAAACGUUACGCAAUCAGCAGAGACAGCCGACUUUGGCAGUAGAGAAAGGAGAGUACCUCUGCCCUCUCUGUCGACAGUUGGCCAACUCUGUUCUUCCCUUAUCACCACAAUUGGGAGAAUGUGCAGCAGUUGUUUGUUCUCGUCACGCUUCACCUGAUGUAAUACUCUCCGAGCUCAAUCACUUUCUCAACGACAUACAGCGUCAUCCUACCUCGUCGAAUUUGGCCGUGGCAAUGGGAAAGGCCAUGGAAGACAUGACGGGCGUCACGUACUUGAAAUAUAACCAAAAGGGCAACACUCCUAGUCAUGAAAGUUUGUUUCUCUUUGUAACUUCAGUUGCUAGAACCAAUUUUGAAGUAGAGCUCAUUCAGCGCGGAGGUUCGCUCUGCCUCUAUCCCCCCAAAACGGUUCCCCUUACUCCAAAACGUGACUGCAUAGUCGCCUUGUUACACGUGCUAGCGAUGCACGCAAGAGUUUUGACUAACUGGCCUGUAUCACAUACUUGGCAGCAAUUAGCAGGAUUACCGUCAGAUCCCUCGUCACCGUUGGCCCUCAUACCACACGAAAAGGAAGUCCCUCUAUUGCUGAGGGAUCCAACAGCUCUUCUUAUUCAAUUUAUCCUCUUGCUCCCAUUGCAUCUAGAUCAAACUUACUUCUCAGCUGUUGUGAAAGUUGUCUACAAUCUCUUGUAUUACCAAGUUGUACUCCAAAUCAGCUGUAGCUUAUCUCAAGCCGAGAGAAGCGCCAUUCUCGGCAGAGCAAGAGUCUGUCAACACGAUUCAAGUUUGUUGGAAACGAUAAUGAGUACUAUUAUUGGAUACUUUAACGAAUCCAAGCUUUAUGGAAAUGAUCCGACGAUAAUCGAUGCACCUGUACGUAGAACCGUCUCCUCCACGUCCACGACUAUUCACUUUGCAAGGGUCAAAAUCCAGACGCUUGAGCAACAGGUGCAAAGCUUGUGCCUUCCGUUUUUACGUGUAGCUGCCUUGCUGCGUCAUCACUUGUACGAGCAACCCAUACCCAUAAUUCAAUCGCCACACGAAGAAUUCGUCAGGCUCGUUUAUUAUCUCGAAUUAGUUACGGAAGGAAUGGGCUGGGAUUGUUUUAGCGCGGCGGUUGCCUUAAAUUGGCAAAACAACGAGGCGGCGGUUGCAGUUCCGCAUCUCUGGUGCGAGCAAUACAAAGCUUUCGUCUACCAAAGUGAAAUCGCAGCCAAGAGUUUGAUUAUUGAUCAGCACAUUACCUGGCAAAUGCCAAAGCUCUUCAGUCUUCCAAGGGAAUAUGAAAAGAUAUUUACGUAUUAUCACGAACGGCAAUGUCGCCAGUGUCAUUCAGUGCCUACAGAAAUUAGUAUUUGUUUGCUAUGCGGAGAAAUCGUAUGUCUGAAGCAAAACUGUUGCAAGCAAAAUAACGUCUGCGAAGCUGUGGAGCAUGCAAACAAGUGCGGAGGUGGAACUGGAAUAUAUUUGGUAGUAGCAUCCACUUAUAUAAUUGUGAUUCGAGGAAAGAGAGCUUGCUUGUGGGGAUCUUUAUACCUCGACGACUUUGAGGAAGAAGAUAAGGAUUUAAAGAGGGGCAAACCUUUGUAUCUAAGUCAAGAUCGAUACCAAUUACUGGAACAGCAGUGGCUAGCACAUAGAUUUGAUCAUACGAAAAAGACUUGGGUGUGGCAUCGUGACGCGCUGUGACCUUUCAUUAUGUCCAACACUCGCCCAUCUGAAGCAGGCCAAAAUAUUGAUUGAUUCACCCCCGUCGUCCAAUGCCUCGCCAAUAAUAACGCUUCGUUCAUUAACAGUUUGCUCCACUAGAAUAUAGAUAUAUUUAUUCUCAUUUUUUGUUGCAAUGAUUAGACGUAAUAACGAUGAUGAUUAUAAUUGAAGAAUUGAAAGUAUUAAUACGUGACGAAAGCUGGGCCGAUAAAAUAACGGCGCAUAAGUAGAUUGAACUAUUGUUGGAUUUAUCAAUUUUAUUUAAAUGUCUCACUCAAGCGAAACUAAGAUUAAUUAUGUGAAUGGAUCAAAUUUCAGCAUACAAGAAGGAGGGAUUGCAAUUUUCAUGGAUUUAAUCACUCUAAAAUACCACUCUGGCUCUUUUUCUUUUGCUUUUUCACUUUACAUUACGAGUGUUUUUUUUAUAUCAUUUACUAAAAGAUUUUUAAAUAAUUUGCGCAAAGGGCGCAUAAAAUAUAAUGAAUUGAGUCUUUACUGGAAUUUAUUUAGAAUGUUUUUACAAGUUCCAUUUACGCUUGGAAAUUUGGGCGUGAUCAAUUUUUUCUUUAAAGAAUCUCCUUUUUGUACUCCGAAAUUAUAAAUCAUUGUUUAUAAUGAUAGAGAUUUGAAGCUGUAAAGAGAUUUCGAAUGAAAAAAGUCGUAAGUUGAAUUUGUCCUUUUUUAGAACGGCUUACCACCCUGGUAACGUGCUCAAUUUACAUAUGUCUAUAGAUAAGGUAAUUGCUAAUUAGUAUUUUUUUUAUUAUCAUAAUUUGGCAGACUACUAAAGUGCAUUUACCCAAUAUUCAUUUUUUUUAUUAUUAUUUUUAUUUUUAGGACAUUUUUAAACCAAUCAAGUAAUGAAUAUUGAGCAGGAAUCCAAGACGAACGAAAAAAUUCACCUCUAAUAUUAGACUCUUAAGUUUGUAUGCGUUUUUGGUAAUCAAUGGUAAAAGAGAAGGGACCAAAACGAUUUCAUGCUCAAGUUAAAACGUUUGCUUCCAACAAUUCAAGAUAGUGCAAAAUUUUGAUACAACUAAAUCAUAAUAUAAUUAAAAUCAGUUAACAAAAAUUUAUAAUAAAUACAUAUUUCCUAUCUUUAAAGAAAAUAAAAGCGCAAAACACGGGAUUCCUUUAUAAAAGUAAAAGAGAGCUCGACUCGAGAAGCUGGUUUGUUUUCAGUAUCAGAUUGCACCGCGAAGAUAACCAGUGAAUGAAACUAAUUACAUAUUUAUAACGCUGAUAUAGUACUUUAUAUAGACUAUAUAGACUGAUGGUUUCAGUGCUUUGCAACGUAGCGACUUUAGCCUUCCCUUUACAGCUCUACAUUGCAUCUAGAUAACAUUGAAUGUCAGUUUUUAUGUCUGUAAAUUAAAAUAUUCGAAUCUUUGUUGACAAAGUCAGAGAUUCAGUAAAAUUCUUUAUGCGAAAAAGCGAAAAAAAUCGUUAUUUCUCUUAUACGCAGUUACUGCAGUUUUUAAACCUUGUUAUGUUUUCUAGAAAUAAUAAGCUUUUUCAUGUACAAAAAUGUAAAUUUUCCACUUCGAACGCGCUUUGGAAUGAUAUAUUUGAAUUAUGUUGUUGUCACAAAAGUGAUGCUUUCAGAUUUAUUCAGAAUUCUUUUUUUAAUUAGUCUUCUUAAUUGUGACAAAUAAUAAUAAUAUUGAUAAAACUGUAUUAGACCAUAGGCAUCUCGCUUAUGCUUCUUUUUUCUUCCGCUGUGGUUUGGAGCAUAAUUUAUCGAAAUUAUUCGAUCCUCGAAUUUCAAUAUUGUUGCGAUUAAGGUACAAGAAUAAGCGACGUAUUUUAUUUCCUACAAACAGGAUAGCUUCACGUGAAUGUAAAUAUGUAUAAAUGUGAUGGCAACCACUGUUACCUAAUUAAUCAUGAGUAAAUGUAUUUGUACAUAGAUAAUCCUCUGUUUUCUAGGAAUGUUCUUGCAUAGCAUAUGUAAUACUUAAACAUUAAAGUUAUGAAAAAA